GACGAGUCUGAAUGUCAUCAACAAAUGGCGUCUGCAAGAACCGAGGCAAUUUAAGGCUCUUUUCUGUAAUUUUUCAUCACCGCGGCCUCUAAUAUACAUAGGUACAAUGGCAAUUUAAGGCUCUUUUCUGUAAUUCUUCAUCACCGCCUCUAGUAUAGGUACAAUGGCAAUUUGAGGCUUCACCGCCUCUAGUAGAGGUACAAGAAUCAUCAUCAUCAUCAUCAUCAGCAUCCACCUCGUCAUUUUGUUUACAGAUUAGGACUACAAGUACAACAUCAACAUGAACAGCACUAAAACAACCGGUUAGCUUUCCCUCGAUCCCUGGCUACUUGUCCCUUCCAACAACAUCAACAGUUAGUAGCAUAGUUGUAGUAGUCAUUAAUGUUUUUUCGUAGUCGCGGAAGGAUAAACAUGCAAGCUCUUCCCUUUCGGAUAAGCAUGGCACUACAAAAAAAAAAAGUUUUUCCAAUUUGAAUUGAAUUGUAGUAGUCAUUAAUGUUUUUCCAAUUUUGAAUGAUCAUGAUAAAAACUAUUCCAAUUUGGAUUGUAGUCAUUAAUGUUUUUCCAAUUUUGAAUGAUCAUGAUAAAAACUAUUCCAAUUUGGAUGGUAGUCAUUAAUGUUUUUCCAAUUUUGAAUGAUCAUGAUAAAAACUAUUCCAAUUUGGAUGGUAGUCAUUAAUGUUUUUCCAAUUUUGAACGAUCAUGAUAAAAACUAUUCCAAUUUGGAUGGUAGUCAUUAAUGUUUUUCCAAUUUUGAACGAGCGGAUUCACGGCGCGGUCGGCCUCGACGAAAAUCUCCAGAAGAUCCGGUCGCCAAGGCGGUCACGAAGUUGGCACAGAAACUAGUGCCCGCGGUCUGCCGAGACGUACAGAUGAACAGGGCCAAAGUGUGAGUGUGAGAUGAGUGCUGCGUCAGUCGUGUGAGUGUGAGAUGAACCGCCGUGACCAGAUGGAAGAGCUGCUGAAACGUCUUCGUGCUAUUGCUGAAAGGCGUCUUCCAGGCGACAACGAAUCGCGCAGGGCUUGUCCUGGGACUAGAGUUUUCAUCUCCGUGGCAUGCUCAAGAAUUCUUGUAGAACGCUUUUCUUCGGAAGUAGCAUGAACGCCCUCUGCUCCACUGUCUUGGAAUGCCACUGCUUCCCCUUGAAAUGAGUGCCAGGAUGGUCGUAAGGAUGGAAAAAACAUCAUCCAUAGAGAUAGAAUAGAGGCAGAACAAUGAGAUCUUCUUCUGGAUUCGCCUGCUCGAGCGCGCUUUGUUCGCCUGAAGGCAUCUUCCAAGACCCGAACCUCGGCGAUGCACUGAACCAGUACAAUCGGAUGGAAAGUAGAGUGAUGCAAAGGCACGAAGAGAGCCUUCGAACACAGCAGGCAACCUCCAUGGGGAAGUGCUGCGAGGUUUGCUCAAUCCUCACCCUUCUGAAGAAGUUGAUUUUCAUGUUUUGAGCGUUUUCGAACGCGCCGCUCAGAAAUUAUCUUGCAAUUUGCUGCUAUAGAAGCCCGUGGACUUGAAGUUCAAAUCUACAGUUUGUACUUGCAGUACGUUUAAUUAUCUCCUUGUCUUGCAUCAAAU